UCUGCCCAUCUGUUCGACACGACACGACUUGAAAAGAAAAGCCAAAGUGAGCGCGCCUUGAUUCUUCUCGACCCCCACGCGGGUCGACACGUCAGAGGGAACAGGAUAGAAAACAGGAGCGGCGGGCGGGAGCAGGAAACCAAGCUACAGUGCGGAGCUAGCUAGCGGCGCCGCCCUUUGCAUCACUUUCCCUCCCCCCCGCAUUAAACUCUCCCCAGGUCCGGGAGCUCACUCCCACACAGCUCCAAGAUGGUCGGCGGCGGCGGCGGCGGCGGAGGAGGAGGAGGGGGCCAGGCCGCAAUGUCCCCGGCGCCCAGAGGCGGGAAGCGCGGGAGAGGCCCCGAGGAGGAUGUCUACGUCGACAACCUCCACUCGCACAAGCGCUACCUCACCGAGGCCCUUGCAGAUAAUGGCAUCCAGCAUGAAUGGAUUGUCUGUUGGAGAUUCAGUUGCUGACAACAUCAUGGUUUCCCCAGUGAGGCUGGAGAAUGCUUCCUGCUUUAGGGAUGAAAUGAUCACUCAGUACUCACCUAUGUCAGAAGAGUCAGAUGAUUACCGGUACUGUGACACUCAAGUAAAUACCAAUGGUAGUCAAACUGAUGCAAUGAGCAGCCCCUCAACUAGUCCAAUUUCAUCUCCUCAUCGAUUCCAGAAGCCACAUACUUGGUUUUCUUCUGCAAAUCCGUACCCUCUCCCAAGCUGCUCCCUAUCAGCAGUGGUCUGCGCGCAUGCUCGCCGUAGCAGUGGAACUGAACAUGAAGGUCGGAUCCCAUCUUCGCCUAAUGACAUGUGCCAUGGUGGAGACCUGAGGCGAACUGCGCUUCUGAGAUCAGUGCAAAUGAGGGUGCAGAGCCCCCAUCCAUGUGAUCUGUUGUCCAGCAGUGGACAUGGACAAGAACAAGAGGGUGAUCAUGUACAUGCUGAUGAGCUUGACCAUGAUCAGAAACGAGCUGUGGGUGUUCAGUUGGAUCAGAGAUCUUUCUCUUGUCCAAAGUCAAUCCAGGAUGCUGAGUACCAAAGCCCGACAAACUGCGGCCUGCGUUCGGACCAUGAUGUGGAUUUUGUUGAGGAUCAGAUUACGGUGUGACCAGCCCCAAGAUUAACCAUGAUAACAUCUCCGGUGAACCUUGUGUCAAUGUGAAUGGGCUAUUUGUGAGGGAUAUGAAUACCUUAUGGGUCCUCACUGGUUAGGAUGCAGGUCAUACCUGACAAGUGGGCCCGCCCGACCGUGCGGGCUGAGGACAUAAAGUUAUUUGGAGUCACGUUAAAGCAACUAGAUAGUUUAAAUCUACCCGGAUAUCAUGGGAUACGUAUUGUAAUCCAACUUAAAUUACCUUCCAUGUAACUACCGAUUAGAUUCAAAUUGACUUGUAAUUCUGGUCGUCAGCCUAUAUAAGGUGGUCAAGGUCA